AUGAACAGCUCUUACCACCGACCGACUGCGUGGAAGCAGCAACUUCGCUUCCUGUCCGGAAGUACGACGGCGCUGAACGAACACACAGAAACUUUUCUCCCGCGAGCGCAAGCGCAGAACGACAACGCACCUGACGAUGAAUUUGACAUGGAAUACUUCGCGCCAACGCAACGCUGGAAGAGCCUUUCAAGUUUGUCUAGUUACCACGGCGGGGAAAGAUCCCGUGUGCCGGCUAUCCAGCAGUUUCUGCGAUGGCUGUACGUUAAGGUCACACCGAGGUCACGGACCGGGGAGCUGGAGGUGAUGAAGAACCGCAUGCAGAUGGGCACCGGUUGUGACGUCAGUCAGCUACCCGGAUUAAGCCUCACCGGUGAGAUACUCUUCCUUCCCGUGUUUUCAAAGCACCUCUCAUCAGUGCUUGACAGCCUCGGGUAUAGUAAGGAAAUGGCCGAGUUCCGUCAGGACGUCCUACAGUCUUUAACGUCAACGCUGUUCCGCGACCCACGUUAUGUUCACGUUGUCAUCGGGAGCCGAAACGCGAACGACGUAUUCCUGGGAACGGCUGAUAUUGAUACGUUAUUGGUACCCAAGAACAUAAUCUGUACAGAGAAAGAAGGCAUUAUAACGCUGCCGCCGGACUAUACCGUGGUAGAAAUGCUGACGGACAAGUGUACUCCGGGGUAUACUGAACUGCGACUUGCGAGAUUCGGUAGCAAGAAUCUCUCCGACUUGAGAUCAUGCUUCGUCGUGGAUAACGGCAAGAUAUACGUUUCAAGUAACCUGUUUCGUGCACUUCAAACCAGAAAGAACGUCAAGCUUACGAAAGAGCGCUACCUUCGGAGUGAAAUUCUCGGCAUUGCAGUCAGACCACAGAAAGUGGUCAACUACGGCCUGCGCUGCAUGUGCCCGGACAUUCUGAAAAGAUGGGCACAGAGGAGGCGGGCCCAAAACUGGCCUCCGAACAAAACCAUCCAGCACGUGACGCGAUCGGAGGCGACGCUCGUUGUGGACAGCCGGAUCAAUCCCAGCGUGCAGCGCGAGUGGCGGAUCUGCUUCUUCGGCGCCGAGCAACUGCUGGUGAGGAGCCUCAACGACACGCAGCGCAAAAUCCUCGUCAUCCUGCAGUGCUUCGCUAGGACCUACUUCCUUCCGGUCACUCAUAGGAUCUCGUCAUUCGUCCUGCAGACGAUCGUGUUCUGGAUGGCGGAAGAAAUACCCCAGGAGAGUUUCACCAGUAGCACGCUCCUAGACCAUACCCUGGACGCAUUGAGACGGUUACGCGACGCGGUCAUAGACAAUUGUCUUCCGCAUUACAUCAUGCCGGAGAGAAACCUGUUUGCCGGGCGUACGGACAUUCUCACGGGACAGAACCUCUGCCGUGUUAUGACAGAGCUGUUAGAUAAAGGUCCAGCCACCUUUCUGCUGGAAUCCGUAACCAUAGGACCGGCGCUACGACAGCUCGAUGUUGAGGCGGCCCGGAAGUACCAACGUCUGCGAGACGACCUGGAGACCGCGUGUCUGAAGCUGCUGGUGUUUCAUCAUGACCCGAACCUGGAGGAUGACGUCUGGGACUUUACACCGCCGCACGCGCGCAAACACCCGGAUGUGAGGCGACUCCAGAAGACGGUGGUGGCCAUCGUCUCGCCUGACUGCUUGAAGCACCCAGUGUCGGUCUGUUGCAGCCAGCGAAUCAACGCACAACUGCGAUGGCUUCUUACAUAA